GACUCGUCAGCGUUGGUUGGGCUUUUAUCGCAUUCGCAUUUCGCAGCGCCGACAAAGACCGCCGCCGCCAAGACCAGCUGAGCCGCUCGCGAAGCGCAAGACAAACAGAGAAAGAGAAAGUCAACGACAACUCACCACGACACCGAAACAAUCGUUGCCCACACCGUUGAGCUGGUCUCAACCACCUCUCCGGGCAUCAUCAUCAUCAUCAUCGAGUUCCGCCUCUUUCUACCUCAAACAACAAAAAGAUAAGCCCGCGCCAUGCCGACAUUAGCAGCCAUAGACGUCUCGGUCUCCGACGACCGGAUAAGCCUCGUCUUCUCGCACCGCGCCCUCGCCGCCGCCUACGCCGCCUACCUCGAAGCCGAAGAUUCGCGGCCGCCUUAUGCGCAGGCUGUGCCAGGCUACCGACGGCUUGCCGUGUAUCAUGCCGCCUCCAAAGAGGUCACCCUCGCUAUGCCCAACUUCCUCACAUGGUUCAUCACCAUGCGGCAACCGGACGACGAGGAUAGCGUGACGUUUACUUUCUCGGACGCGGACGAGGAGCAGGCUAGGGCUUGGGCGGAGAGCGUGGUGCUCUUCGAGCCACCGGUACCGGGAACGGUGUACGAGGAGGAGGACGGCGUUAAGCAGUUGCAUGUUAAGAGGUUAUGGAAUAGGGAAAAGUUGUUGCAGAGGUUGGAGGAGUUGAAGAAAGUUAGGAGCAGGGUUACGACGGUGUGUUCCCUGAAGUCGACGAGGUCGUCGCCACGGUCGUCGCCAAAAGAGGGAUCCAAGGAUGGUGUGCCGUGGUAUGAGCGGCAGGAUUAUGGGUAUGGGUAUCGGUAUGCAGGGGUGGGGCAGACGAAGGAGUUGACGAUCCUGGCGCCGUUGCCGAAGCGGGUGGCGCUGCUGCCGCAGACGACGACGGCGGGGCUGUUUCAUGGGGAAUGGUGGUGAUGUUAUUGGUAUCUGGGUAAAAAUACAUGGAGAAGGAAAAAGAGGUCUGUACAUAU